UGAGCGCAGCUAUAAAAGCCGCAGCCCAGGCGCCGCGCGUGUUAUGCGAGCGGGGGUCGCUGUGUGAACGGAGGAAGUGACGCGGUCGGGACUCAGACAUGGCGGACGGAGACGUGACAUUGUUGAUUCGCAGCCCCAGCCUGAAGCAGGAUGAACGGGAGGUGACGGCUCCGCGCAGCCUAUCGGUCCGGGAGCUUAAGGCCCUGCUGAGGCGUGAACUGCCAGGUCACCCGAUGGAGCAAGACCAAAGGCUGAUCUAUUCGGGGAAGCUGCUCCCUGACCACCUGAAGCUUAAUGAGGUCCUGUCCAAGGAGAGCAGGCAUGUCAUGCACCUGGUCUGCUCUGUGAAAUGCACCCUGCAGAGUCAGGGUGAAGACGGCAAGCAGCAGCCGGUUGUCACACCCAGUACUCCCAACAAUGUAACUCCUCAAGCUGAUGGCAUCAGACAGCGGAAUUUCUCACAGAAUGUUCCAGCAGCACAGGUCAACACACCCAGGUCUGAAGGAACGAAUGCAGCGUUCUCUCCAUUCUCUGUGUACAGCCCGCAGCAGAUUAUGUGGCUACAACAAAUGUAUGCCAGGCAGUACUAUAUGCAAUACUAUGCUGCAGCUGCUGCUACCAGCUCCCCAUCCCAGCGAAGACAGGAGAUACCAGUUGUACCACCUGCUGCUCCCGAUCCACUGCCUCAUCCCUUUCCUGCAGCCAACCAGGCUCCCAUCCCUGAAGGACCAGCCCCGAUAAAUCCAGGAGCCAAUCAAAACCUGCGCAUGAACGCCCAAGGAGGACUAGUGGAGGAAGAGGAUGAUGUGAACAGAGACUGGUUGGACUGGGUGUACACAGCGGCACGGUUUUCUAUCUUCCUCAGUAUCCUGUAUUUCUACUCAAGCCUGAGCAGAUUCAUGAUGGUCCUCUGUGCCAUGAUAUUGAUGUAUCUGCACACAGCAGGAUGGUUUCCAUUUAGACAAAGGCGCCCUCAAGAACCUGCAGUCCCUGCUCCACAGCCUGUCCCAAAUCAACAGGACCAAAACAAUAACUUGCAGGAAAAUGAUCAAGUUGGAGAAGUCAGCAACGCGACAGCCGAAGAGCAUCUCCAGACGCACUCAUUUAUGUCUACAGCCUGGGUCUUUUUCAAAACAUUUUUUGCAUCUUUGAUCCCGGAAGGUCCACAAGCAGUGGUCCAGUGACAGCAACGUAACAAAGAACAUUUCUGGUACAGAUACGGACUUCCAGCCCAUGCUUCUAGUCUUCCAUCUCUGUUACAUGGUCGAAAGGCAAUCCGUUUAGGAACUGAUGCUUUGUAGUUUUGUAGGAAGACUGUUUCAGUGUGACUGAAUUUCCUACCUGAAGCAUACCGUUUUUAUACAAGUCCAAAGAUGUGUUUACAACAUGCAAAUCUGAGCAGACAUCCUCUGCUCAUGUCAUAUGAUUCCUUGUGGAAUGUCGGGAUAAUUUACACUAAUUGUAGUGUUAAUGAACUGUAACAAUUCUAGCAUACUGGGCAGCCUUGCUUUGAUGUCUACUUGCUACGGAGCAGAUAUAUUACUGUAUUCUGUAUGCUGCUCUGCAUUUCAAAACUUCUUCCUCUUUGUGCCCAAGUUUCAUGCACAGAAGCCUGCACUUUAGUGAAUACUUUCAAUAAAUUGAAAUGCUUUGUAUGGUCCUUAAA